CUGUUGUCAUAACACGGAGGUUCUCCAUGUCUCCAGUAGGUGGUCUUCUCGGCAUCUCCAUGAAUGUGGCUUCUGAGAGAACAAUGAAUCGCCGAUAAGCUCGUCGCGAUGGAAGCACCUAUAUCUUCGUGCUGGCAAGCGCUCGUUUGGCGUGACAUCAACACGUGAUUCGUCUUGCGAGGAUCUGGCAGACAAAGAGGCGCCUAUACGAGAUAGAUAUAUGGUACAAAGAUAUCUAAAUGGAGCAGCCUUCCAUCGCAAAGCCGGCUGGCAAUGGCAUGGCAGACAGACAAUCUUUAGAUUUAAUUCUACGCUGACUAUACAGCUAGCUUCACACGGUGGGGGACCUGAGCUGCCGCGAUUCUUCCACAGGGAGAGUCCUCAGGUGUGUUUCUUCGCGAGAGAAAGGAGGAGUUCGAGCAAAAUGGCUCUGGCUUUGAAGUGGCUAGCAUUUCUCGUCCUGCUCAUGUUUGUGAUUGCCGAGAAUGGCAAUGUGGUUCUUGGCAGCAGAGAGUUGACUGGAUACGAUUGUGGAGGAAAGUGCAAGUACCGAUGCUCUAACUCGUGGAAGCCCAAGAUGUGCAAUAAGAUGUGUAACAUCUGCUGCAGCAAGUGCUUUUGCGUUCCAAAUGGCCCAAAAGCGAGCAAGAAAGAGUGCCCGUGCUACGAUGCCAUCCGCAACGACGAGGGAGAGCCCAAAUGCCCGUGAAAAAAAAUCCCCUUUUUGCUCUCAAUCACUAUGAUAUAUCUUCGUCCAUCUCUCUUGGAGUCUGUCUAUACCCCCAAGUUUUAAUAUGAUUUUAGCAUCUAGAAGUAUAUUGUUAAGAGA